UUGGCCUUUUCAGUUUUCACGACGCCUUUUCAUUUUAUUUUCAAUUUGUCCGUGUCGCUUCAAGUUUCAAGUUUCAACUAAACUCAUAUAUUAAUUGAUUUGUUUUAUAAUCUAUUCAAUAAUAUUUAUUGUGGUGUGUAGUUUUAAUUUAAAAUGGCUCAUAAUAAAGCGGACGACGUCGUUAUUCCUGAAACCAUAGUAGACAGAACUCAGAAGUACGAAUACCAGAUAUGCCCGGGGAAAGUUCUACGGAAAGGGAGAUUUCGCAAGAUUUUAUGAGAUAACAGAUGUGGCUACCGGUCGCACGUACUUCGAAGAUGAUGAAUUCGUCUACGUCGUAUUAGAAUUAUGCCAGAAAAGAUCUAUUAUGGAAUUACUUAAACGCCGAAAAGUUUUAACCGAACCUGAAACCAGAUACUACAUGUAUGAAACAGAUACUGGACGGUGUGCUGUAUUUGCACGAUAAUGGAAUUAUUCAUAGAGAUUUAAAUCCAAGUAAUUUAUUACUAAACGACGAAAUCGAAGUAAAAAUCGGCGGUUUUGGACUCGCCACGAAAAUCCAAUACGAAAAUCUUUAUUUCAUGGCGCCGGAAACCAUUAUUAAGAGAGAAGAAGAACACGAUUUUGAAGUUGAUGUUUGGUCGCUCGGUUGUAUUUUGUACACGUUACUCGUUGGCAAGUCUCCUUUCGAAACGAAUUCUUUCCGAGAAACCUGCGAACGUAUUAAACGCUGCGAUUACAAAAUUCCCACUGAAAUCAAAGCUCCUGCUGCCAAUCUAAUCAACUCCAUGUUAUUACCAGAUCCAAAGAAAAGACCCACAGUCGAUCAAAUAAUCAGAUCCGAUUUUUUCAACGGUUAUAUACCUUCCAAACUGCCGGUUUCGUGCUUAACUGAUGAGCCUAAACCCAAAUAUUUCGAUUAUAUGGCUUCUAGUGAAUCGGAUUCGAGUGGUUCUGAUUCUGCAGGUUCUGAUUCUGAACUCGAUUAUUCCCGUGAUAUGGCGGCUUUGGGAUAUUAUUCGAAGGGUGCUAAAGACACUGAAGACAGUUCAGAGUGAUUAUGGAAUCAACCAAUGGAACGGUACAGGUGAACUUCAACGAUCACACCAAGAUAAUCAUGUGUCCUCUCAUCCUCUGAUGGUAGCCGUCACCUACAUGUUUUUUUUUUCAUCGCUCUUUUAUAGUUUUAAAUCUCGGUGAAAAUUAAAAUGCGUUAUGGUUUUGUUU